UGGCGGCGUCCAGAAGGAGACAGAGUGACACGGAAACCUGAGUGAGAUUUGCCAGCACAUCCAUUCUAACAGAUCUAAAUGCCUGUCAGUGAUUUGGACUGCAGUUCCAUUUUCAAAAGUGAACAUGAAGUCGGAUGAAACCAGCUUGAAUAAAAUAAGUGUCACUCAGGAGAACACCAAUGGAGGUGGAUGUACUGAGAUUAAGGGAGGAACCAAUCCAUUCCCCCAUGGUCAAGGAUACCCAUUAUCAGACCAUUCAGUUCCUGCAUCCAUAAGUUGGAAGCCGAAGUGUGCAGCAUAUGUCCUAGCCCUUCGACCUUGGAGUUUUAGUGCCUCUCUGAUUCCUGUUGCAUUGGGAAGUGCACUUGCUUACCGAUCUGAAGGUAGCCUGGAUUUCCUGCUUCUCUUGGUUUGUGCUGUGGCUGUUUUGUCAGUCCAUGGUGCUGGAAACCUGGUGAACACCUACUAUGACUUUUCCAAAGGCAUUGACCACAAGAAGAGCGAUGACAGGACUCUGGUAGACCGUAUUCUGGAGCCUCAAGAUGUUGUACGAUUCGGGGUCUGUCUCUACACUCUUGGCUGUUUGUGUGCUGCUUGUCUUUUCUUCCUAUCCAAGCUGAAGCUGGAACAUCUGGCUCUUAUCUAUUUUGGAGGACUUUCCAGUUCAUUCCUGUACACUGGAGGUAUUGGAUUUAAGUAUGUGGCACUUGGAGAUCUUGUCAUCCUCAUCACUUUUGGGCCCCUGGCUGUUAUGUUUGCCCAUGCUGUGCAGGUAGGGUAUCUGGCAGUCACCCCUUUACUGUAUGCCAUCCCCCUUGCUCUCAGCACAGAGGCGAUCCUACACAGCAACAACACCCGCGACAUGGAGUCUGAUCGUCAAGCUGGAAUAGUCACACUGGCUAUCCUCAUCGGCCCGACACUGUCCUACAUACUGUAUAACCUGCUGGUUUUCCUCCCAUAUCUAGUGUUUUGCAUUCUAGCAACACGGUACACAAUCAGCAUGGCGCUCCCACUUCUCACUGUGCCACUGGCCUUCACUCUGGAGAGACAGUUCAGGAGUCAAAACUUCAGUAAAAUCCCUCAGAAAACAGCCAAGCUGAAUUUACUGGUUGGGCUUUUUUAUGUGUUUGGGAUAAUCUUGGCCCCCUCUGGCUCUCUUCCAAAGCUGUGACAACAGGCACCUUUUCUGAGUUUUGUAUUCGGCACCAAAAGUCAAAUGGGCACUUUAUGACCAUUGGACAGAACAUUUUUGAACAAAAUCACAUUUUAAUGUGUCUGACGCUUCCCAAUAUGUUCUCUAGAUUUCAUGCACAGCUCAAACGGCAGCCCAAUCCAUUAACUGGUGGUAACGUGGCAGUUGUGAUCGAAAGCGGUGUGUGUGUGGCUCCAGCACAGAGAUGUUUCUUCGUGGCAAGAGGAAUGAUUACUUUUGAAGCUGCUGCUGACUUUAGUCCCAAGUAAUGUUCAGAGAGAGGCAGUUGGCCGAAUAAAUGUUCUCUUAACAUCCUGACUUGGAACAUAUUCAAAGCGUUUUCAGAUAAGAAGAUAUUCUCAGAGCUGCCAUUUUCGACUCCUCAGCAAAUCGCUGUUAGGAAUUGUCUCUAAGUCUUUUCACGGUGUAUUCAUUUAUAAAUACUAUGUUUUCUGUAAUGUCUCUCUCUGCUUGUGGUCAUGCUAACAGUGAUGGAAAGAUUUUCUUUAUAAUCUAAACCAGAUGUGUACUAUUUCCACUCUCAGGAGGUACCUGGCUGUAAAUUUAUUAUAUUUGUAAUUUAUUCUUAUUAGAAAAAAUGUUUUCCAGACACAUACCUGAUCCAGUGUGCAUAGCUACGUGUUUACAGGUAGAGUAGAACACAGCUUGACAAAUUUGUUUGGAAUCUAGGAGCCAGCUAAAAAAGUUAGGAGCCAGUUUUUUUUUUUUUGUUUUUUUGUUUAGUCACCAGAACCACUACAGCUUAAUAGUGGUUCUGGUGCCUAUAGCCUGUCGCUGUACCCUUUUCAAUGUAAACGCUGCAUUUUCAGAGAAAAGGCAGUGUUUACAUUGCUGCCUACUAAGACCUCUAGUGGCUGUCACUCAGACGGCCACUAGAGGGUCCUGUGUCAGUACUCUGCAUGGACGCGCUGAAUGUUACCCAUUGAGAACCUGCGCUAUAUCCUCCCAAUGCUUUCCUAUGGGAAAGCAUUGUCUUAGCUGAGAUCAAAAAGAUUGAUGAACUCGGCAAUGGAGGUGGGACAAGCCACGGCAAAACCUGCACAUCGUGGGGAACAAAAGGGUGAGUAAAAACACCAAUCGUGAUCGCAGGUACCUAAACAGACAUACACGCACACACACUGACAGGGGCACACACACAUACACUGACAGGGGCAUAUACACUGACAGGGGCAUAGGCACACACACUGACAGGGGCAUACGCACAUACACUGACAGGGCACAGGCACACAAACACACACUGACAGGGGCAUACACACAUACAUUUUCUCAAAUAAAAAUGUUACACUUUUUUUUUUUUUUUUAAAUCCGCCCAGCCUCCCUACCUUUUGGGAGUGCUGAGUGGAAGUUCCCUGGGGUUUAGUGGGGCUGCUCUUUCUAACUGUGUGAGAGGGAGUAGUAAUCUACCAUGCAGCUCCUCUCUGCUCCCUGUGCUGCCGGGGCCGGAAUGACGUCAUAUUCUGGUUUACCGGCAUCAUUAAACAGCGCGAGGGAGCAGAGAGAGCCGCUGGAAGAUCACUGCUCUCUUGCACGCUGCCCCAGCCGACCGCCUUGAUGCUCCACUCAGCCGGCCGCCUCCAUGAUGCUCAUGGCGGCCAGCUGCAACGCUCACUUAGCCGGCCGCCUCCAUGAAGCUCAGGGCGGCCGGCUGCAACGCUCGCUUAGCUCACUCACCUAUUUGCUUAUUUAGCUAAAAAGUUGACAAAUCCCAGGCGCCCUGGCAAAAUUUUUAGUUGCCAUGGCGACCUGGCGCCCGGGAUUUGUCGAGCCCUGGAGUAGAAUAACUCUCUCAUAUACGGCCGUGAUACCUGUAUGUAUUCUAGCUGACAAUGUUUUAAAACCGAAUAUGUGAAAUCAUAAAAUGUGCCUGUUAAGUCUGAACAUUUCAUAGCUUUAUUUUCUAUUAAUGCAUUGGACUGUGAAUCCUCUACUUCUGAAUGUCACCUAUUCCCAGGACUCUGGCGUUUUAAUACUUUUUUGAAGAACCUGUCCAGAUCCAAUUAAAAGUGUGAAA